AUGUUGUUGUACUCGCUCUCGGUUACCCCGGAGUGGCAGAUAAUGGAACUCAUAGAACCAUUGCUGGACAUGCAUCAACUUGAACAUCUCGACAUCAGUGUCAGAGAUCCGGUGUCGGUCACGGACAAAGAUGUGCGGGAUAUGGUGUCUUCCUGGCCCAAAAUGAAAUCCCUGCAGCUGAGGAUGUAUGAGGGAAGCCGUGUACCAUCACUCUCUUCUUUGGUUGAGGUGGCACGCUGUUGCCCCCUCUUGGAAGUGUUACAACUUCCCCCUGUAAAGACCGACGAUGUUGUCGAGUUGCUCGGAGAGUUGCCUUCGAUCUCAAAUCCUAAUUUAAAGGAACUUAGCUUCUCGGGGCCGUAUGAUGAAGAGUCCGAAGUGGAGGAAGUGGAGCUUCGGCCACAGGACCCUGUUCGAGUCACCGAAUAUCUUUUGCGCCUUUUCCCAAAUGCCAAGUUGGAGUGGGAUGGAUCGAUGCCUGGUGCCGAGACUAGUUCGGUGGACGGUACAGAUCCGGCUCCGGAUAAUGACAGUAGGAACGCGGAUUCCUCUCUAGGGAACGAGGAUGGUGACGAUGAUGCCUAUUCGGAAAGCGAGAAUGGCCUUGGGAGCGAGACUUCAGAUGGAAGGGUCGUCUGA